AUGCAAUUCGUGCGCAUCUUGUCUCUCGUCUCGCUCGUCGCUUUCUCCAGCCUCGUAGCAUCCGUCACCGCUCAAGCCGAGAACGACAAUCCCAAUGGCAAAGUGCUGUACGUGAGCGAUCCUCAUUGCAACUCCUACCAAUGCCGUAUCCACUGGAAGCGCAAUCACACCUACUUUGUGAACUGGAUCAAUCCACCCAAGGGAGAAAAGUUGAGCGUCAAAUUGAUUCCCGAGACGGAUCAGUCUUUGCCCACCUACACUCUGGCCGCGAGCGUCUCUGCUCAUGCGGGAAAAGACAAGUGCGAUAAUGCUGGGACGGGUAAGAAGUGCGGAAGGAUCGAUUGGACCGUACCGGAUGAUGCAAAGGCCGGAGAGUACAGCAUUGUGGUGGAGAGCUUGAAGACGCACAAACAAGGCUAUACCGACGUCGUUCGCAUCGGCAAGAAGCAAAGCUCGAACAAGUCCAGGGAUGGCAACAAGCACCAUCGCCGCUCAGAGUCGAGCAAGCGCGGCGCCUCGGUGGUCAAGUUUGCCGAAAGCGAAAGCGAAAGCUCCUAAUGGGUCGACUGUCGCGCCGAAAGCACGCGUCCAACAAAAGUGAGCUGUGGCUUCACGCUGCUCGACCUGAUCGCAUGGUCAUCCGUGUUGUCCUCUGCUGAUGCAGCCAAUCUUCUUGCAACGAAAGGGAGCGGCCAUGCUCUGAUCGAGCUCGUGGACCGCUCAUCACCAAACUUUUUACUUCUUUCUGAAGCCAGCACCCCUCACAACAUCUCUCAGUUCGCCUCGCAUACGAGCAACUCCCAGCAAGCGCUCUGCCUUCACAUCUCUAUCGAAGUCCUAAUCGAGCAGCUUCUUCUGGUGCUCCAUUCCUGA